AUCGUGAGAAUGAAAAGCCACGUAAAGAUUGUUGCGCGGUGAUCGAUCGAUCGGGGCAUAAAAACUGUUGGAGUUCCGCGUACGAGCUUAGCUUCGAGGAAUUUUUUAAUAGCGCACAGAUACAGACACGUGGUCGACUUGUCAUCGAUUAGCAGUUGCCAUAUGAUCGAUAAAAAAGUGUUUAUAAAGGCUUGUUUGUUUAUUCUACUCGCAUGAAUAAGUGCAAAAGAUGGAGGACGAUGCACUUCUGUUCUUCCGCGCUGAUACACACUCGCGUACAUUUACUCGCCGAUCGCGCGUGACUCACCGAUCGAGCCAGAUCGUUAGCGGGAAUCAUCGUACAUUCAUUUUUUUCCACUGAAUUCCAAUCCCAGACCUUCCCCCCUUCUUCUCGGGCUCGCUCCUCUCGCGGCGAUUGUGAGUUUAAUGUAAACGCAUCUGCUGGCUAACCCACCUGGGCAGAAUCCUUUCUUCUUAUUCUUAUUAAUUCUCGCUCUCUCUUUCUAUUUCUGCCUAUAAAAGAUUUGCUCGAGCGAGAUUUAACUCAUUCGAUCUUUGACUCCCUCCAACGAUCCCAGUUUCUUCUCGUUCAUUUCUAUCGCUGAAUUUGGUGUCUCUGACGAGUGUGUUUUGUCGUCGUGAGAUCCAUCGGUCGCUGCAAUAAUGUUGAGAACGACGAAUUUCGUGCUCUUCACCGGCCUGCUUGCGUGGCUCAGCGGGAAUGGAGCUCUCGGGACUGGGACCACCCGCGAGCCCAGCAUACAAGCGUACGGUUUACCCAAGCGUUUUAUCACCGGAAUCAACGGAUAUAUCGAGAGAGUUCACUUGAGUGACGGUGUAGACUCGGAAGGACCGGAGCGCGCGACGCUCUCAGGAACCAGGAGGAAAUCCGAGCCGAAGGUCUCGACGAAGAGCUACGACGACGAUGGCGUCAUCGAAAUCUUCCAUUUGGACCCGAGCCCCGUUCCCGGUUCCAGGAGACUCAGGUCCGUCAAUCCCCAGGACGAAAUCGAAUCCGGAAACGAUUUGGAGGUCCAGGAAACCAAAGUCUUCAGACCACUCUUUGCCUACAGAAAACAAAUUGAAGCUAAACAACAGAGGCAGAGAUCCGAACGUGCACGGAGAAACAACCUUCCAUCGCCGCACAAGAAUGCUGACAGAAAGUCGAAGCAGUUCCCUCGUUAUUACUUCAAAUCGAGCUAAUCUUCGGUCCUCGUGACAAUUUAUGUUUCUCUAUUCCUAUUAUUUAUUAUAAAUAACCACCUGCAUGUGCAAAUUCGCCAAUUUCGUUCCACGUCGAAAGACACGACGUCGGGGUUUCGUACAAUCUUCGUUGCCAUAUCAGUUUCCUGUUGGAUUGCACACAAGAAAACAAUGUUUCAUGACUCAUCGAUUUUUCACGGCCACCGCGUGUAACACAGCGGAAUAGAAGCGCGCCGGUACUCCGUAUAUUUGUAUCUUGAAUUUUGAAUAAACGCUUUUUCCUCAGAA